GUCUGCAUCGAUCUCGUCGACACCGCAUCAGGCUGGCGGUCGAUACGCCAUCAUGUCGGAAACAGGCCCGCUCUCAAUAUGCGUCCGGUUCGCCAACGGCGAAGAUGACCUUCCGCUGCUCCUCGAGUCUGGAGAAGUAACGAUGUACGAGCUGAAGCAGACGAUCCGGGAGCGUCGACCGUCGUUGGAAGACAAGCACCUGCGGCUGUUGCAUCGCGGGCGCAUUCUCAAGGAUGCCAGCCAAGCCGAAUCGCUGGAACGGGCGACCAUCCCACUCGACAACGGCGACGGCCAGAGCUCCGAGCCUCUUCUCGGGAGAGAGCCCAUAUACAUCCACUGCGUCGUAUCAGAAGCCCCAGUCUCGGACCAGCAGGCUCCACAGCUCCGAGGACCUGCCGUGGGAUUCGACAGGCUGAUCGAAAUAGGUUUCUCAAGAGAGGAGAUUGAGGCGCUGCGAUCGCAGUUCCAUUCGAUUCGAGGCGGCGAUGAAGGAGAAGCCCAGAACGCCGAAGAGGAAUGGAUCGACAACCGAGUGAAUCGAGAAGAGGCAGCGGCAGAAGUGAGCCGAGAUGGAACACAUGUGGACCUGCUCUGCGGGCUCAUGGUGGGGUACUUUAUCGGCAUCAUUGUCGUCUUUUGGAUCAAGGAACAAGGGCUCUUCACGCGGAGGCACCAGAUGGGAAUCAUCGCGGGAUUGAUGAUCAACAUUGUGUUUGGCAUCCUGAGACUGCUGCAGUAACGAUCCGAGGCAUUAAGGACAUGUGACAAUGGCGACAAGUGGCCUAUCUUGAUGCAACGAGUGCCAAGUACGAGCGCUGCAGCCGCAGCCAUAGUCGCAUCCGAUCUCCGGCUCGACUCGACAGGCCACUCAAAAGACCAGCGAACACCAUGGCAGCUCCAUCUCAGGGCAAUUGGCUGGAUCGAUGCGAGGCGCAAUCUUGGUCAAGCAGGCAGUCUUCCCAACAGCCCCCACAGUGCCGGUGCUCAGGAGCAACAACCCUUCCGGCCUGCGGUUACGACCCAUGGGGGUACAGCGAUCCUUGCAGAUACCGACCGACAGAGCCACACACUGUGGAGACAAGCAAAUGAGGGUCCCCCUUUUUGCGGUCUCGGGGCUUGCGACUGGGACAGGCAACGAGAUUGGCCGAGCUCCAAGCGGACACCAUCUGGGCCACGGCGAUCUUGUUUCUCGCUCUCCAAUACAGCCAGUACUCCGAA